AUGAAAAUCUCCAAGAAACAGAGGUUAAUAUUCACGAUUUGCAUAUCGUUCUCUUUCUUUGCCGCUGAGCUAUCGGUUGGCUUCUACACUCAUUCCAUCGCACUCAUCGCCGACGCCUUUCACUACCUUAGCGACCUUAUCGGAAUAAUCGUCGCCCUAGUCGCGCUGGUGUUACAAGAUCGAUCCAAACCAGCACCGCAAGAGUCCACCUAUGGCUGGCAAAGAGCAACGAUAUUAGGCGCCUUUUUCAACGGUGUAUUUCUCCUGGCGCUGGGCGUCAGUAUCUUAGUACAAGCCAUCGAAAGAUUUGUGAGCAUCGCUCGCGAUAACGUACACGUCCAAGAGCCAAAAUGGAUUCUGAUAGUCGGUAGCGCCGGUCUAGCUCUCAACAUUCUGGUCCUUUCUUUCCUUCACGAACAUGAUCAUGGACAUGACCAUCACGGACAUGAGCAACGCGACCACUUCGACGGGGAGCAGCAUCAUGAUACUGAUCUGACGACUCAUGAUACAACAAGUACAUGCGAGGCUCCUUUGACAUCUACCACAGGCAGUCAUCACGAACACAGGCACAUGUCAGUGGUUGUCAAGUCUCCAGGUAGAGACUUGGGAAUGCUAGGCGUUUUCAUUCACGUAUUGGGAGAUGCUAUUAACAACAUUGGUGUCAUCAUCGCAGCAGUCAUUAUUUGGAAGGUCAAAGGACAAGGAAGAUACUAUGCUGAUCCCGCAGUCGGAGUCUUUAUCUCGCUCAUGAUUCUUGCCUCGGCCGUACCACUCGUCAAAAACAGCGGCGCCAUUCUACUACAAACUGCACCAAGGGGCAUUAAUCUCGACGACAUCAAGCAUGACAUUGAAAAGGUGAUGGCGAAUAUUGACAAGAAGAGUUACGUCUUACAGAUUCAUGAUCAACUAACAAGCGCACAGAUACCUGGGAUCGAGUCGGUACACGAAUUGCACAUCUGGCGACUGGACCAGCGCAAAUCUAUCGCCUCCGCCCACAUCGUCGUUGACGAUAGAACUCUCGAGGGCUUUGUGGACAAGGCAAAGAUCAUCAUGGAGUGUCUCCACGCGUACGGAGUUCACUCAGCAACACUACAGCCUGAACUCGUCGCCUUGAGCCCCGUGACCAUAUCUGACAGCGGCCCCGAGUCUCCAGCAACGUUGAUCGACGCUAAUGACAACGCACCGACAAGCCGGCAACCACGAAGGGGCGAACAAGACUGCCAAUUGACUUUGAUCAGCGGUGUCGACGUCGCCUGCCAUUUCGUUUUAGAUCUGAGUGAUCAACGGGGAAUGAGACGACGCCAAUAG